AUGGUCGCGCUAUUGGCGAUUGACACUACUGAGGACUGGGAAGCUUAUCGUCUGGGCAAGCAGUAUGGCGAGCCCCACGGCACCUUUUUCACGGAUGAACAACUUGUCAUCCCCGGAGUACACGUGCAUGGCGCCACGAUCCGCACCGGCGAGCGUGUGAACGGAGUUGGAAUCGACAUCACACCCAGCGGAGGACAAAGGACAACUACGUACCACCGUGGCGACGGCGGUAAAGCGCAAACGCUCACGCUGAAUUCGGGCGAGCGCUUCAAGUGCGUGGAGGCGCACUGCAAGUACCAUGGCCGUACGCGCGUCAGGUUCAUCAAUGUUACCACCACUACGGGAAGGUGGGUCGCUGGUGGUACCCCGGCGCCAGACGCGGCAGGAAAGGACUGCGCUCCCGAUGGCUUCCAACUGGGCGGCUGGUAUGGCUCCUCGGGCGUGGAGCUCGACCAGGUGGGUGCUGUGUGGACCAACAAUUAG